AUGGCAGACAUAGUCCUUUCUCCAGUCCUACAGGUGAUCUUCGACAGAUUAGCAUCUCCAAUCCUGCAAGUACUUGGCGACAGAUGGGAUCUCAAAGAUAACUUCCAGAAUCUACAGCAAGCCUUAUUAAUGGCACAAGCAGUUCUUGAGGAGGCUGAAGACCAACAUGUCACCAAUAAAGCUGUCCAAACUUGGCUGUUGAAACUUAAGGCUGCAGCUUAUGAUGCUGAAGACUUGCUUGACAAGCUUGCAGCACAUCUGAAGAAAUCUGAAGCACAGGAAGCACAUUUUUCCAGCUUCUUUGAUGCAAAAAAGAUUGUAUUUGAUGCAGAUGAGGUGAGAAAGAAGCUUCAGGAAUUGCAAACUGUAGCACUAGAGGGUUCUAACUUCAAUCUUCAACAGGGUAAUAUGAUAGCAGCUAGUCAAUUUGAUGAGAGGGAAACAGGCUGUUUUGUUAUUGAAUCAGAAAUCUAUGGAAGAAACAAGGAUAAGGAGGAGAUAGUAAAACUGUUAUUGUCACGUGAAGAAACCAACAAAGGAAAUUUGUCCUUCAUUCCGAUCAUCGGUAUGGGAGGACUAGGCAAGACAACUCUUGCUCAGUUAGCGUAUUACGAUGAUGAGGUGACACAACAUUUUGAUGUUAAACUAUGGGUUUUUGUUUCUGAUGCUUUUGAUGUAAGGAUAAUAAAGGAAGCAAUUGAGUCUGCAACAAUGGAAAAAUGUGAAAAUUUGGCGGUAAAUGUGCUUCAGUCCAAGCUCUGGGCAUUGCUGCACAAGAAAAGGUACUUAGUUGUGUUGGAUGAUGUUUGGAAUGAAGAUCAGAAGGCAUGGGACAAACUAAAACCUGUAUUCGUGGGUGGCAUGGAUGGGAGUAAAAUAGUUAUCACUACCCGAAACCAAAAAGUUGCACUUGUAACAAGCUUCCCAACUUAUCCAUACUAUUUGAAAGAACUGGACGAGGAUGAUUGCUGGAAGUUGUUCAAGCAUCGAGCUUUCCCACGAGGAGAAGAAAGUAAGUAUCCGAACCUUGUACCAAUAGGAAAAGAGAUCAUUAAAAAAUGUGGAGGUAUUCCAUUAGCAGUGAAAACUAUGAGUGUUUCGAUGCGCUUUAAGAAACAGGAAAGAGAGUGGUUAUUUGUUCAAAACAGUGAUCUAUGGAAAUUAGAUGUAUACCAUAAAGAAAUUUUACCUGUAAUGAAAUCCAGCUACCUUCUUUUACCAUCUCACCUCAAACGCUGCUUUGCUUUCUGCUCAAUUCUCCCCAAAGGAUAUGAAAUCAAGAAGGAGAAACUAAUCCAAUUGUGGAUGGCAGUAGGGUUAAUUCGAUCUGAUGGAACAAGAAAACCGCUGGAGGACAUUGGCGAAGAGUACUUCCAGGACUUAAUAUGGAAGUCUUUCUUCCAUGAUUCAGGAGAUUUUGACAAUGGUGACAAAAGUGGAUACAGAAUGCACCAUAUCAUUCACGACCUUGCACAAUCUGUUGCAGGACAUGAUUCUAUUGUUCUAGAGAAAGGUCUUCCAUCAUGUAGUCUUACUCAAAUUCGUCAUGCUGCUGUGGUUUGUGAUUCUAAGAAUCCUGAAAUCCAUCAAGCUUUGUGCAAGGCAAAACGUUUGCGAACUCUCAUACUGUCUCCUGGAGGUGACACCACAGAGUUUCCUGAUCAAUUGUUUGCAACUUCCACAUUUUUGCGCGUGCUAGAUAUGAGUGCAUCUGGCCUUCAUUACCUAGUCCACUCCAUUGGUAACUGCCUGUGCUUGAGAUAUCUUGACCUUUCAUACACACCAAUCAGGUUCUUGCCUUACGGUACAGUCGAACAACUGCCAUUUUUGCAAACUUUGAAUCUUUGUGGUUGCAUUAACCUCAAGGAAUUGCCUAUUAUUGCAAAAAUGAUGAGCCUAAGACAUCUCGAUAUAACUGGAUGCGAAUCACUGACUGCCAUGUCGCCUUCUUUUGAUGCACUGUAUAAAAAUUACGGACGUUCCUUCAGUAGGGCAGCCCAACAUGAGAAAUUCUUUAACUCAACAUUUGAGCCUGGAUUCUCUUCUCAGCUACAUAUAUUGCCAACAAUUGUAGUUGGUGGUUUUCUAGACCUCAUGUUUCUAGGAAGGUUAAACCUUCAAGGUGAGUUAAAGAUCAUACAUUUGGAGAACGUCAAUACUUCAAAUGAUACAGAGAAUGCCAAUUUGAUGGAGAAAGACAACCUUGAUUCUUUAGGACUAUACUGGGGGGAGAAACAUGACAUAUCCAUCCUAAAUCCAGUGCAGGAGGAUUCAAAACCUCCAUUCUUGAAAAGAGAACAGCAUCAUUCAACUGGAUCAUCAGAACAGCACCAAAGUGAUGCUAAUGCAGCAGAAGAAGUUGCCAAAGGCCUCCAACCACACCAAAAUUUGAAGAUGUUAGUUGUGAAAGGGUAUCCAGGAAAUAGAUUUCCACAUUGGAUGCUGCCGAAUCUAACCAAGGUUGAUUUGAGAGAUUGCCCGAAUUGCAAUUAUCUUCCUGUCCUAGGGAAUCUUUUGUUUCUAAAGACUCUCAUCCUGCAUGGAAUGCCUUCUCUGGUGCAUAUUGGGACAGAGUUCUAUGGUGAAGCCAGUGGGCAACUGUUCCCUUCACUUGAAGAACUUGUUCUCAGUGAUUUCCUUAAUCUGCAAGAAUGGCUUGAUCCAGAUGGAAAAGAUGCCUUCCCUAAGCUGAGCAAAUUAAUUGUCAAGAAAUGUCCCAAGCUGAUUUCAAUGCCAUUACUUGCCUCUCUUGAACACUUGGAAAUACGGAAGUGUAGUGCAGUUCUGUUUAAUUCCAUAAAGAGCGCAUCCUCUCUUACAGUUCUUGCCAUUGAGGAUGUAGCAGAGUUUUCGCCAUCAUCAGAAGGGAUCUUUGUGAACAAUCCUCUCCUUUCUUCUUUGGAGAUAAUAGCUUGCCCAGGGCUUUGUUUUCUGCCAUCAGAGUUGGGAAACCUCAAUGCUCUCAAGUCAUUGAAAAUUCAUAGGUGUGAAGAGCUCUCCUCUUUCCAACAAGGUUUCCAGCACUUCAAGGCUUUAGAAAGUUUAGAAAUUUGUCACUGCCACUGUAUUUCUAUACCAGAGGGGAUUGGAAGUAUCAGUUCCCUCAGAAGUUUAUGCAUAGACAAUUGUGACAAUUUGACAUCAUUACCUUUGAGUUUGAAGAAUCUCACAUGUCUUGAGCACUUGACCAUCAUGAACUGUCGAAAUCUCGUGUCUUUGCCAGAGGACAUGCAUCGACUUUCUGCUCUUCAAAGUUUGACCAUCUUAAGCUGUUCCCAGGUUUUGUCUCUGCCUGAAGAGUUGCAGCAUAUCACAACAAUGCAUUGA